AUGUCGAGCUCUCUUCGACGGCCAGCGGCUGCCAGACCGAUCUCCAAACCAUCCGCCAAGGGCCUCAACAGCCAUAACCGAUGGUCCUCUCUAGCCAAUCUGAUACCGGAAGAAGAGGAAAGUUAUUAUCAAGAUGACCGGCUCAGCAAUUUGCCCGAUGAUGUGUUGCUUAAUAUCGUAGAGCGACUCGAUAUUGCAGAUGCUGCAAGAACCAGCAUCCUCUCCAGACGUUGGAAGCCAAUCCCCGCUAUGCUCCCUGAAAUUUCUAUAAAGGUUGGUUCCGUCGACCCGGAGCACGACAGGACCUGUCAUGAGGUGGCUCGGGCCAAUGCAACCAUCCUUGGGGCGACUAGGAGCCUUCUGGAAAACAGGACGGCAAAUCUACACGCCAUUCGGUGCAUGAGAUUCUUCUUGGGAGAUGCAUCCACUAGAGUUGGCCAGACUGUCAGGAACACCAUAGCGACCAAGAAGGUUGGUUUGGCUGAGUUUGAUAUCUUGACAGAGAAGGUGACUAAAAGAUGCACCGAUGACGAUAUGGUCACUUACGGGAGGCAGCUCAUGGCAUUUGUUGAUGCUUGUCCAGACACAUUCUGUGGUCUCACGCGACUCAAGCUGGAGAAUGUGAUGCUAGGUGGAUCAGACUUCCCUAAAAUCUUCAGUAUAUGCAAGCGACUGGUGUUCCUCCGCUUGGACAACUGCGACAUGGGGUUGAUGUCCUUGCUAGAAUUGCAACACCCGCAGCUCCGCGAACUCGAGAUGGAAAAUAUUCAAUUUGAGAGGGUUGAUCUCAACUGUCUACCAGAGCUCACAACGCUGACUUUUUCUUGGUGGGCCUCUCCGCGUGAUCCUUUGUCUUUUGGUUAUGUCCCACUGCUCCACACCGUGAGCAUCGCUAAUACCACUCUUUCAUACCACAAGAUGCUCAAGUUAAGUGAAGUCCUUGGCAAUGCCACCAUAAGCAACCUGCAUUUGAACUUUGAAAGUGAAAAGAUUUGGGUUAAACCUGAAGGCCCGAAAGAAUUGUCGCAGGUGUUCAACAAACUAAGGCUUGUGCAUUUGGCUGACAUUUCAAAAGACUGUGAUCUGACCUGGACGAUGUUCGUUCUGCAAGGCGCACCUUCCCUUGAGGAGCUACGUAUCACGGUGCGGGAUAGGUGCCUACUGAUGAGGGAUAAGACCGAGAGGAAGUUGCAAAGGUACAGCGAGGAGAAGAAGGACGCGGGCACAGAGUGGGAAACGUCUGCAUCAGAUUUCAAGCAUCACAAUCUUUUGGUGCUCAGGAUCAUUGGGUUUCAAUCAGAAGACAAGUUCGUGGGAUAUGUCACUGCUGUCAUGGAAGCAGCAGUGAAUCUGAAGGACAUAUACCUGCUUGAGAAACCAAUGUGCGACACGUGUACCCGCAUGAAGAUCAAGGACAGAUACCCACGGACAACAAAGCGGAGGAACUUGAUCAGGAGUUAUUUCAACAUGGAUAUGCACCCGCUUUUAAGGAUUCACUUCCCGGUUCGAACAAAAUAA